AUGAAGAUUGAUGAUGAAUAUUUUGCAACUCAUCAACGAAGAGGAUGCAUCUUUAUUAUUAUUACAGCAUUAGCGAGAAUAUGCGGAAUAAUAACACUUGCUGGUCUUAUUUUGACGACUUAUAUGGAAUGGAUAGCAGCAGAUUAUUGGAAUUUUCGAAUAUAUGUAACAAUUGCGACAGUGAUUGUCGCUUAUUUGGAGCUUCUUUGGAUACUUGAUAAGUGUAUAACUUGUUGUAUUUGUUGUUUCCGAAGUGAAGCAUGUUUCUAUUGGACAUGUUGUAUUCCGAUUGAUAAUUGGCUUAAGACAAUCAUUUACAUUGGUUUAUCAUUACCAUUUUUUAUUCCAACAUGGCUUUCAAUAGUUGUACGAACGGAUAUUAAGGUUGCCGGUGCUUUGCUCAUUUUUACUGGUCUUAUAUAUUUCCUAAAAAGUUUUAAAUAUAAACGUAUUGAUAUGGAUGAUUUACAUGAAGAAAAUCAACUUGUCUCUGAAAUUAAUUCAAUGCCUCUACCAUCAAUAUCAACGCAAACAUCGAUUAUUGGAAUAAACAAUGAUAGUUUAUCAUGUACAUUUCCGGUUGAACAAGAAGCAAAUAAAUAA